AUGGAACAGCAAUAUUCCAAACUUCUCGAAACCGCUCAGGCUGUCAUAAAAGGCUAUGAGAAAUGGGACAUCGACGCCAUCAUGGCGCCUCGGACCCCGGAUUGUACCUACCACACCUUGCCAAAAUCUCUGAACCGGCCGGUAAUGAACAACGAGGCAUUUCGUGCACACUAUACUGGCGUCAUACCUUAUCUGAGGAAUUUCAGAGUCGCCAUCUCCGAUACAGUCAUCGACAUCAAAACAAACCAAGUGGCUUUUCAUACGACAAGCACCGCCGAGACAGUCAUCGGUCCCUACGAGAGUGAGCAGACAAUCUUUCUAAAGAUGACAGAGGAUGGUACAAAGAUCUGCGAGAUGAAAGAGUUCCUCGACAGUGCUCUUGUCCAAGGUCUCUUCGCAGAUCUUGCGAAGUAUAUCGAAAACGGAGGGAAGCCAAUCGGGGAGGCCAAGUGA